AUGACUGCAACGAGAUGUCACAGGCAAGAGCUUGCUAAACAAACACGCAAACAACGACAACAACAGAAUACAAUUAAAUACAUGGAUUCAGUUUGGUCAUUAAAAAUGUCACCUGUAGAUAAUGUAGCUCCAGCAGCGUGCCCCUUUGAUCCAGAGGAUCAGAGUCCUUUUCGCCUUGACAAGCAAAUCCCUGCUUAUAUUGUCCCCAUGCACAGACUGCAGUUCGCUGCUUUCCUUGACUGAAGAAACUCCCAGAGGGGCUCUGUAACAAUGGCAGAAACUACAGACCUUAUAGCAAGAGUCCUAAAACUGAAAGAGGAGUUGAAUAAGUCACAGGAUUCCCAAAAGGUUAUGAAAUUAUUGAAGAUAUUACAGAAUUUGAACAUGUCCUUUGACCUCUUAGUGGAAACGGGAAUAGGAAAAACUGUGAAUGGCUUUAGAAAGCAUACAACUGCUGGAAAUCUGGCUAAGACCUUGGUCAACCAAUGGAAAAAGCUUAUUUCACCAGAAAAUGGAAGGAGAUGGAAAAAGAAAAAAUGUGUCUUGAUGAAAGGCAAGGCAAGCAAGAAGUCUUCUACCAAAGAGGCUGAGCUGUCAGAAAAGUCCAAGGAAUCCAAGAGAACAACACCAUAUGAGAGAUUUUCAGAUUCUGAAGAAAGGGAGUUUACAGCAGAAACAACACAGAAAAGGGAGAAGAAUAAAUCUUUCAAUAGGCUCAAUGUUAAAGAACACAAAAUUAACCAUUCAGGGAAGAUCUCUGGUGAACAAGAGUCAAAGAUGGAAGAGAAAGUCAAAUUGUUGGUUUCACAAGUACCUGAGCCCAUAAAGAGACCCUUUCAGAGCCCUAGCAUGGGAAAACUCAAGAGAGCCAAACCCAAGAAAGAUAGGCCCCCCACACUGCCUUUUGAAUACUAUCUUAAUUAUGAUCAAAUCUCUAAUAAGAAGAAAAGAAAUUCCUGCCCUAAAAAGGAACAGCAUAGCCAAGUGUGGGGCUAUAAGAAGCAUAGUUUACUCCCUAAGAAUGAGUCCUCCACUGUCUCCAAAACUUUAGGCACACCCCUAUUUAAGCCACAUGAUCAGCCUGGAAUAUCACUUAAAAUGAUAAAGAAUCCUUUACUAGAAGAACUCAUUAAGGUUCCACUGCCAAAAUUUCUACCUGAGAUCUCCUUAAUACCGUCUCCCCCUCAUGUUAUGGAAUCCAAAGCAGAGGUCCAGCACUGCCAAGGCAGUGAUGCUGGUCAAUUUACUGGCCGAAGACUGAAUUCUAAAAUGCACGUUUAUUCAGGAUCUAAAAUGGCUUCACUACCAAAGAUGCUUUCUUUAUACAAACAAUGUAUCCAUGUACUUCAAAACAAUAUUGACUUGCUCCACGAAGUCGGUGGCGUCCCCUUUGACAUCCUUGAACCAGUUUUGGAAUGCUGUACCCCAAAGCAGUUGUCAAGACUAGAGGAUUAUAAUCCGACCUUUAUCGAACUGGCUGAUCAUUUGUGGAAAAGGCACUGCCAGAGAGAAUUUAAAAACGAGGAGCAUCAGGACAAUGAAUCAUGGCGUGAAAUGUACUUUAGGCUUUUUGAGCAAAGAGAGGAAAAACUGAAGGCUCUUACAAAGAAUAUUAUUGUGUCCCAAUCUGAAAAACCUAAAGGGCGUCAAAUCAAAAUGGCCUAUGUCCAGGGAAUGGCAAAGCCUCCCAGAGAACUCAGACAUCAUCCAGAGAACUGUGACACAUCCAAAGUUCCUUUAAACAAGCUCAUCAAAAGGAAGCUUGGAAAUGGAGAGAGAAGUGAUUCAGGGAGUGACAAUGUAGCAACCACAAAUGCCGGUGUUUCUGGGGGGUCACAGCAAGAUGCAAAAAAGGUGAAAAAAAUUGCUCCUAUGAUGGCCAAGUCCCUGAAGACAUUUAAGAACCGCAUUGGACCAUGGCAGAGCAGAUUUUGA